AUGCCCGAGCUCACCAAAACGGCAAACACCCUGCCUGGUGUCCGCUGCCCGACCUGUGCCAUCAGCGGGGUGGAAGUGUGGGUAUUCGAGGGCCGGCUCUGUGUGUACUGCGGCACACCCUGCUAA